UGGGAUUUGGAGUUCUAUUUUUGUAAAGGUCCGUGAAAUGUAAAAUGUUAUUGCUAGACGAGGCUAUGAUGAUGUACGGUCACAUGUGGGAAGCUUGAAAUGACAGGUAGUGAGGAAGACUACAAUGCAGAACUGACUGCUUCUCCCCAGUCUGAGAAGAAAUGUAGAGGUGAGAAACGUGUCUCCUUCCCCCCGGAUGAAGAGAUAGUGUCUGGCUUCGCUGAACGCAAGGACUUUUUAAGGGAUGUUGACAGUAUCACCUUGAAAGAGAUAAUAGCUUCCUAUAAGCAAAGCUGUGAGAAGCACCAAGUGGAACCCAAACCAAAGUUACUGGAACAACUCCAGACCAUCACAGAUUUGCACAGUAGGGUCAGAUGUCUAGAUCUGAAAGAUGAACGGUUAGAUUACCAAGCAUGUGAAUCUCUUGAAGGAUUACUGAAACUGUUACAAUACGAGUUUCUCAAUCUGCAGGAGGCUGAAUUGGAUGAAAAUGGGGCCUCUGCUUUGUUUGAUAUGAUUUCUUAUUAUGAAUCAGCGACACACCUCAACAUUUCCUGUAAUAAAAGAAUUGGGGCCUUGGGCUGGCGGUCUUUAUCUCACCUGAUACAGCAGAGCAGUUGCCUGUGGAGACUGGAUGCAUGUAACAUACCCGUACUGGAGUAUCCUGCACAGGCCAUGUCACGAGCCUUGCAGUCCAGUAGACUGGCUGUACUGCACUUUGAAAAAACAUGUGUGAGUGGUAGGCCUCUCUUUACACUAGUUUCUGCUCUGAAGUUGAACACAGCCCUGCAGGAGCUUUACCUGGCAGACAAUGAUCUCAACAGCUUUCAGGACUCAAUGCAGCUUGGCGACCUUCUCAAAUACAACCAUACUCUUAGAGUGCUGGACUUAAGCAACAACCUAAUAUCAGACACAGGUCUUGAAGAUAUAUGUGAAGGUUUAAAGGUACAGAAGACUGGUCUUAGAAAACUAGUGCUGUGGAACAACCUACUAACCUUCAAAGGCAUGACCCAUCUGGCACGUACUCUGCCUUUUGUGGCAAGCCUUGAGACAUUGAACCUUGGCCAAAAUAUACUCCAGAAUAAAGGGAUUCAGAGACUUAAAGAUGCUCUCAUAGUCAACAGAUCACUUCUACAGCUGGGACUGGCCUCAACCAAAAUAACCUGUGAAGGAGCUGUAGCUCUGGCAGAGUUCAUUGCAGAAAGUCCUCGGAUCCAGAGACUAGAUGUCCGUAAAAAUUUGAUCAGAGCAGGAGGGCUUAUGGCUCUGUCUUUAGCACUACAAAUUAACCGUUCCCUGAUCAGAGUGGACUUAGACAAAAAUGUGAAGAAAGAGAAGGAAGAAUUUCUGGUUGAAACCCAAAAAACUGUACUGCAAGAGAUCUGGAAAAACUGCAUGAGAAAUGCUGCUGCAGCUAAACACAGGAUGACAUCAAGUGCUCAUUCAGACCAGGGGUGAAUGAAAAGACAGUGUGAGCCCUGUUUAUUCCAGUGACUUUUUUUUUAUCAGAUACAAAGUUUUCUCAAUUAGUGAACCUACACCACAAUACCUAUUUUACAUCAGACACCCACAAUUGGAUAUUGAAUUCACUUCUCACAGUGGGCUUGCCUUUGAGUGCAACAUUUGUUUUAUUUACAAGGCACAAUCUAGAUUUACAAGUAAUUAUAAGGGUUAAAAUAAAUUAACACUUUUCUAGCCGGCAUAGCUGCUCAGCAAAUUAACACUCAGGUCCUAGGGGCCUCAGAAUGCUACAGAUGCAUUCCUCAUCUCUGGGAUUAGCUGUUAUUGUUCAGUAAAGUGACCCUCCAUUUCUUUCAGUAACUUCACCACAUGUCUUUAAAAAAACACUGUUGGAUGGUCCCUCAAGCAGCUUUUAAGGCAGUUUUAAAGGUAAUUAGUAAAGGGAGAAACCCCAUUAGUUGUUAUAGGGGCACACUAGCUCAAUAUUUUAGCUUACUCCAAUUGUUAAGUGUUUUCUCAAAUAACUAUUUGUAAUUAAAAACAAAGAAAAAAAAAAAAUCUCCAGCUCCUAACAAGGACAGCUCCUCUUCGCCAGUAAUUUAUUACAUUCUGUUUAAGCAGGAAAAGACCCACAGAGAUGCAACAUCUAUCAGCAGCAGCAGUGGAGUUGAGGCAUAUUGGCAAAUCAGCAUGGGGCGCCAGCCACUGUGCAAACUUGUACUGUACCUGAUGUUUCUACAAGGGCUUCCGUCCCCACUAUUAACAGCCCCUUAGAUUAUCCAAGCACACAGUAUCUAACAUGAAUGUAAAUUGUGUUGUGAACAAAUAUGUAUUAUGCAUGUUACAAAGCUGAGUAAUGAACACAAACAUACAUAUUAAAAUCAAAUCAUUAUUUUCUGCGAAGGGCAUAUAUUAUUAUUAUUUAUUUAUUUUUACUUUUCCAGAAUGCAGUUUUCAUAGAAAUCUUGAGUUAAAAAAGGUUAAUGAUUCAAAUUGACUCCUUUCCUUCAAUCCCAUGUCCAGAGAAAACACUGAAAUAAAGAACACUAUACCUGACAGGUCUGACCAAACUAGUUUAUUUGACUUAUUUACUUUAACAUUGUGCUUGUGAAGUGAAUUGCUAUCUAGAAUGUACUGUCUUAAAGCACUCUUUUGUGGGCAUUUGGAAUAAAUACAAACAGAAGAAAAAAAAAAAGUUUGGCAAAAAAGACUGAUCUGUGUUGUGUCUUCACUGAACAAGGGUAUAAUGGUAUUCACAAGAAGGCCCCCUGCUGUGACAGAAGGCAAACUGUUCCUAAGCAACAAAACACAUUUUCUAUUUAAAUACAAGUGGGGUCUUCAAAAUAUUCACCAUAUAAACCGUAGCUUAUGAUGUGAUUACGGAAUACAUAUCAAGCAUCAUGUCAAGGUUACAAAAGGCUUUAACCAUCCCAGAACACAUUACAUACAAAGGUGUGUUGAGUCACUAAACAUGCAUAGGUGAAAACAUGUAUUUGAAUUAAACCUGGACUUUAUAUAAUAAAACUACAAUUAUAAAUGUGAUUACAGCUUGGAACUGGGCAGAAGUUAACCAUGUUAAAUAUAUAUAACUGGCUUUGCAAAUAUUUGUAAUUUGAUACGUUCUUGAUUGCUAUAGAUUGAAUUAGUCUGCCAUCUACUGGCAGUUCUUGCCACCACACACAUAUGCAUCACACAACAGUAUAUUUCACCAACUGUAACUGUGCAUGUUUCACUUAACUGUGCUUUCAUUUAUUUUUGUUCACAGGCAUGACUUGUCUAUUAUGUGUUGAAUAUACUGUUAAUCCCCAUUUUAAAAUGCCACAUACAGCCCAAAAAGGAAAAUGAUUUGAUCACUCUUUGUGGUAACACAUGUUGGUAUAAAUAUCUUGAAAUCUGGCUCAUUGUGUUUUGUGAAAAUGUUGUGUUACAUGAACUUUGAAGUCCUGGGAAGCUAAGAAUGUGUUUAUUACACCUUUUUUUUUUCUUCUUCGAUGUAGCUAGAAAGAUGUUUAACACAGGCCAUACUUUAUUCUUCCAGCAGCAAGGAACCUUUAUUUAGUUUGUGAAUAAAAACACACAAAAAAAAAAACAAACAGUACAAUUAUUAUUUUUACAAAAUCAAUUUUACAGAAAAAAAUCCCAACAAAAUGAUUUUGUAAGGAAAAAAAAAAAAUCUUGAAAUGUGCAACUGAUGAUUCCGUACUGAUGCAAACAUACAUUAGCUGUCUAGGCUGUCAAACAACAGUGGUCCUUAUUAAUUCACCAACACAUUCUAACAUAUGUAACAUUACUAACACAGGCAUCUGGGUUCAUUAAAGCAGAUUUUGAUUAAAAUAUGUACACAUAGCUGACUUUAUAAGCAAAAGCAAUGACCAACAAUAGAUCUUUUUCUUAAUAUGACUACCCAUUUCUUUCUGAAUACCUGAGUUUUGAAGAGGGGUACUACUUGCGUUUGCUACUCUUGAGUAUUCAGACUGGACAGCUCAACAAUUUGCAAUCAAUGAUAAACGGGAAUUAUUUCCACUGGCUAAUUACCUAAUAGAACCCGGAAAAAAUAAACACAUCUCCUGUCCUUCACUGAAAUUAUUUAGAUAAAGAGCCAACAAAAAAAAAAAAAGAAAACCCACAUUACUUUUUUCCA